AUGUCCUUCGAACCCUUACAUUAUGUCCCCAACGACCCUUCGAGUUGUACUAGACUGCGGUCGACCACACGGCCAGCUGUUGCGGGCCAAUCACACCGUAUCUAUCCGUACUCGCGCAUCGCCAGCGUUGGUCACGGUGGUAGUUCAAAAUGCUCCAAGUCUGCCUCAGUGCCAUCAGCUAGUAUGACGUCCCAGGUGGAUAGUAUAGCUGAGAUUAGCAGCACCAAGGUCGAGAAACAGCCGCUGAAGGACUUCAGUCCAACCGAGCAGCUUGCCCUCACAUGGGUGAAGAGGCAGGCCAUUUUGAACUCCGUCACCACCAAUGGCUGGCUUCGCAACACCACGCAGGUGCAAAAGAAGGCUGUGAUAGGCUAUAUUUCAGAGAUUGUCAGCCAAGCCAAUCUCAAGUUUGCAUGUGAUAUAGAGACGACUUCCAAGGUAGUGAAGUGGGUCAUCAAGGCUCUUUCGGAUGACCGUAAACAACUUGCUCAAACUUCUGAGAACUUCGUGGGUUGUCAAUACCUUCACAUGUCAGAUCCCGCAGCGUCCCCUGAGGACUGUCAAACUUAUAUGGAAAACCGCCGGCGUGAGGUGCUCGAUCCUGAGGCGCCCUUUAGCUAUUACCUACAUGGCCAUGAGAUCACGAACAUGUCGGUCUUUGUCCUUCUGUUCGCGAACCCUGGGAUGGAAGAAGCGCAUAUACAUCAUUGGUAUCGUUCCCCAAACACACCCCUCCGAGAUGAGGACAUGCGAAACCAGAUGAUGACCACCCCUACUCAGAUGUUAGCACACUCGGCGGCUGCAAUGAUUUUAGCAAUCCGGCGUACUCUGAGCGGGAAAACCACAGUGUCGGGUAAACCGGCCCGCUUUGGCAUGGAGCUGCAUGCCGACUACCAGGACGCUGUCCAUCAAGCGAUAUUGCUGGCACUGGUGUCUCCUAUCCAUGGGCCAGCAUUGGCAGCACAUUUGAUAGCUCUCCAUGGAAGAGGCAUGAAGGCUCUUCAUGGCGCAAUUGGUCUGGAUGUUUCUGUGAAACCAGUACACAAUCCCGUUACAUCAGAGGACCUAGAAAUAGUGCAGCAGGCAUUACAGCUUGCAGCUGAUGCUGCCCAGCCUUCGACCAUGCACUCUCCAAUGAGUCAGUCAUUGGCAGCAACUGCACAGUCAACUACAGCUUUUUCCUCACCCACUACUACUAUAGAUCCCAGAUUGAUCUCACUGCACGCACCCGCAGUGCGGGAAGAUUUUGGUGAUGACUUCUUAGCGUUUUCUCAAGGUUAUUUAGACAUGUAG